GACCUCUCCUCAUACCGACAAAGUACAGGGUAAUCGAUGAAGGUGUUCUCCACACUUAAUGAACCGCAGCAGUAAUUAAUUUUUCGACUGAGGUUCUUCAUCGUGUUUCGACUUUUUAAGCCACGCCGUUUCAAAGAGAUGUGGCAAUGCAGCUAUGUUCAUAUUUCUGGCUUUGGCAGCAGACGGAGUCGGAGUUUAUUUCCACCUGGAGGGGACUGUCAUCACCAAAGAGUGAGCGAUGCUCGCCCCUUCUACACUGCCUGCCCAAAACAGUCGGAGAAAAUUGACUUGGACAGAUGGAAAGCAGUGAUGAAAACCCAAAGUGCAUCAUUCGAACAACAGAAAGAACUCGACGAAGAUGACGAGGAGGAGGAGGAGGAUGGCACCACGAAGCAGCAGGGCUCUACGAGCUUGGAUACUUUGGAGGCUGCUCAGAAUCUGGUGUCAAUGUGGCGCUACGCUGGCAAGCAAGUACCUCAAGAGAUGACAGCAGAUGAGCUCAAGAUUUUGGCCGAGCUCACCACUAGAUCAGCCCGAAAAAAGUAUCUAAAGUACUUGGCCAUCAGAGAAGGACAUAAGAUAAAUCGCAAGGAGAAGCAACAACAGAAGAGAGCGACAAGAGAAGCAUCCUUGGAGCUGAAACAAGAGCAAGCAGAAGAAAAGAAAGAUGCUGAGAACCGGUUUUUCCUCCAGUUCUGGUCCAAGACUGAAGACCGUCAUUAUGCCUGGAGAAGUGCUCAAGCCAUGCAGUUUGGUCAGCCGCUAGUGUUUGACAUGAGCUAUGAGUCCAAUAUGAACAGGCGAGAGGUUCAAAAUACUGUGUCUCAGCUGCUGGAGGUGGAAGGUUGGAACCGACGCGCGGCCGACCCCUACCACCUACACUUCUGCAAUCUGGAUCCAGAAGGAGAGUAUCAGAGACAGCUCCUCAAGCGAUAUGGCGCCGAUGCCUGGAACCGCCUGCUCAUCACCAGUACUCCUCAUCACUACGUUGAUGUCUUUCCUCACGACCGCCUGGUUUACCUCACUGCGGACUCUCCAAACGUUCUCCGCACUUAUGACCACAGCAAAGUCUACAUCAUAGGAGCUCUUGUGGACCGCUCAAUCAAAUCAGGCCUGUCAUUCGCGAACGCCAAGCGUCUGAAGUUGAACACUGCCCGUCUGCCAUUGGAUGAGUACCUCCACUGGGAGAUUGGCGCCAAGAAUCUGACUCUGGAUCAGAUGAUUCGCAUAAUGUCAACAGUAAAGGAGACAGGGAAAUGGGAGGAGGCGCUCAAGUUUGUGCCGAGUCGAAAGCAUGAUGGCUUGCACCAAAAACAGACGCCAGGAGAAAUCACAAGACCAGUCAAGAGCUUCAACAGGUCCUCAGAGUUCAGCAAACAGAAUGAAGACAGGACAUUUGUCAGUGCAAACAAGUUUUCCUUGAAGGACUCUCUGAGAAGCGGAAACAAAAAGCUACCUGAGACCAGAGUUCGGACUUCAUUUUCCAGUUACAUCAGAGAUGGAAAAGGUUUCAGUAAAAGAAAACACUGGCUGGAUGAGGAGUGAGUUGGUCAUGUUUAGACUUUUGUAUGAGAUCUUGCAAACAUGAAGUUCAUCAACCUUUUCCUGUUUAUUCAACCAUUCAUCUCAUUGUUUUUUGAAUCCACUUUCAAGCAAUAAAUACACAAUAAAGCAAGACUGACAUCACCCAAAAUUGAUCGAAUGAACACUGUAAUGCAAAUGCUGACUUAGAAUAUUAGCAGUCAUAAUCUUUGAAUUGAAUCAACCUGCAGAAUUGGAUGACCUUGAAAUACAAUGCAAGUAACAGGCUUACAGGAGUUAAAUAAUAAAGUUGUAAAUGUUGAUGAUUCUUAACAGUUUCAUUUUACUUCUUCAAAAAAAUGAAUCCGGCCAUGCGAAUACUGUAAGCUGCUCGGAAAAGUAGCGUUUACAAAUAAAUAAUAUGAAAAUAUUUUGAAAUAAUCAGUUUGACGGGGAAGAGCCUACACAAGAGACAGCAGCUGACAACGUCCUCAGAGGAUGACACUUCACCGUCCACAGCAGCAACACCUCAGUGACCUCUAGAGCACCAGGAUGUCUCCCGUGCAGCGCUCACAGCAGUUGAAGGUGAUGUUCUCAAAGCGUGUAUAUGGGUGAAAUCUUCCAAUGCUCUUCUUACUGCUCAGAAAGGUUGAGGGGGGCGAAUCCCCUAAAGGUGAUUCAGGAUCGUUUUCAGGACUGCAAUUGGGAUCUAAAAUCUUUAACACCUGGGGAAAAGAAAGAAUACAUCAUUCAGUCAUAAGCUCAUUAUUGUUUGUCUU